AUGAAUUUAUAUGAAGAUCCGAGUCAGGUUGUACAAAUUUUGAUACAAACCAGUUCAAAAAUUUGGGCACGCUCUGGCUCUUUUAUAUCUAGUCAAUACCCUAUUUUUUAAAUUGCCCCAUGUUGGAUUUUGAAGCUGUUUCAAAACCCUUAAAAUUAUCAUAACUUAAAUUACAAAACAGCUGUUAACUCAUCGCAUAAACUAGAAUGAGUCACGGGUUACAAAUCGAAUCUGCUACUAGGUAUUUAAAUACCAAAACGAAACGAAAACAAAACCAAUCGCUUACUCUAUGAAGUUUUGUUUUUUAAUCUUGUAAAUCAUGAUCAAAUUGUGUGUAAUUUUACUUUUACUUUAUUUUUAUUAUUUCACGUCAUAUUCAGUUAAUGGCGACAAAAUUAAGAUUGGGUUGAAACGACAUGAGAAAAAUAAAACUUAUGGUAAGGUUUACUGCACUGACAAUGGCUAAGGCAAAGGCUUAACAUAUAGCUAGAGUACAGGCUAAAUUUAAAGAUAAAGCUCCAGCUAAUGCUAAGGCUAGGUCAAGAGGUAUAGCUAGGUUCAAAAAUAAGGUUAAACGUUUUAGUAGCCAAAGAUGCCACUACAACGGGUGCAACAACAAAAACGUAUGGUGAAAUCAUGGCAUCACAGCACAACCUUGAAUACAAAGGCAUUGUCUCCGUUGGUACUCCUCCACAGCAGUUUGAAGUUGUUUUCGAUACAGGGUCGGACAUCUUUUGGCUACCUCAAAUUGGCUGCCAAAGCUAUGGUGUAGAUGUUCAUGCAUGUGCUAGCGGUCAAGAGCUCUACAAUCCAAAUGCUUCUAGUACCAGCGGGGACAUACAUAGGGCAUUUCAAAUUCAGUACGGUACUGGGUCGGCCAAUGGGAGGUACUAUGAUGAUAUGCUUAGUGUAAGUAGUACUAAUCAAGAUUUAAAAAAUUAGUCUUUUUUUUGUGUUAUUAUGGUUGAUGAUAGUAAAUAAAGUAAAGUAAAGUAUUUAAUAGUUACUGGACUAAAAUAUAAAGAAACUUUUUAGUUCGGAGAUGCCACAACCUCAUCAUACAUAGCCGUAGGCAAUGUAACUUUAGGCGCCGCUCAACAAAUGACGUUUUCUGAUCAAGGCAUCUUAGGCUUGUCAUUCGCGGCCCAAAAUGAUCCAACUCCGGUCUUUCAGCUAGCUGCACAAAGAAAUGUUUUUGAUGAACCUGAGUUUACAGUAUACCUAAUGAAAUGUAGUCACAACUGUGAUGAAGCUGGCUUAAUCACAUUUGGAGGGUUUGACGACGAACAUUGUGAAGCUGUAAUUGGUGGUACCAACUUAAUUGAAGGUGUACCAUAUUGGAUGUUUAACUUAGACAAUAUUAGUGUAAAUGGGAAGACUUACAGUAAUCAAAAGGUUGGUUAAAUUUUGCCAUCAGUUUUUUACUUUACUAUAUAUUUACAUUCCAGGCCAUAGUAGACACAGGAACAUCAGUAAUAAUAGGUCCUCAGUCAGCUGCAGUCCAAUUGAUUCGCCAAAUUGGAGCACGUUCAGUAGGUGACGGUAACUAUGUCAUGGACUGUAGCGCUCAAUUCUCGCUUGACUUUACGAUAAAUGGUCAGCAAUACUCGGUAAACUCGGAUCAAUUACUACUGUCUCAAGGGUUUGGUAUGUGUAAUCUAGCCAUCAGCUACGAUCCUGGAGUUGACUUCUGGAUUUUGGGUGACCCAUUUCUACGUCAGUACUGUACGGUGCAUAAUGUAGUUAACAAGACUGUACAGUUUGCACCUUCUAAGAGUGCUACAAAGGCUACUGGUGGAGGUAAUGGUGGUACUAGUGGUGGUGGUAACGGUGGUAACGGCGAAGGUAAGGGUGGUACUGGAGGCGGACAUAGAAGGCCUCAUGGUGGGCAUGGUAACAAAGGUACGACUUUGUUCAAAAAUAACAAGAACUUUCUUUACAAAACCAAGAAUGAUUAAUCCUAUAAUUCACUUUUAGGCCAAGGCAAUUUCCCCUUCGGAUCUCCCUUCGGCAAUCAAGACCCCUUCUCCGGCUUUCCUCAAGGUGGUUCAUUCGGUCAACCAUUCUCUUCUGGAGGCCCAUAUGACCCCUUCAGCCCAUUCGGCACUAGCCUAGGCGAUCCUUUUGGUCCAGGCUUUCAACAAGGCAACUUUGGAGGAAACGCAUUUUCUGGCCCGAAUUUUGGAGGUGGUCCAUUUGGAUCUUCUCCGUAUGGAGGUUAUGGAAGCUAUGACAAUUUAAAUGAUAUCUUUGGUCAACUUGGGCUACGACCCCGGUGGCAUCGUAGACGGCUUUAAAUUCGUUCAAAAAAUAUUUUUGAAAUUUAUUGUAGUUUCGGAGAGUUUAAUGUAUUUCAGUUUUGAAAGUCAUUUUCUGUGUAUUUAUGUAUUAAUUACUGAUAAAAUAAAGCUAUGAAAUCUACUGGCAUACUAUACUUCUCAUAAAAAUAUAAAGCAGAGUCCAGUAGACACAACCGAAAGCAAGGCAAAAAUCAGAGUAAGAAAGGACAAAACAGAACAGUACAACACAGGACGGGACAAGACAGUACAAGACAGGACAGGACAGGACAGGACAGGACAGGACAAAACAAAACAAAACAAAACAAAACAAAACAAAACAGGACAGGACAGGACAGGACAGGGCAGGAAAGAACAAGACAGGACAGGACAGGACAAGACAGGACAGGGCAAAACAGGACAAGACAGGACAAGACAGGACAAGACAAGAUAA